AUGGCGGCAAUGUGGAUAUCAUGGCUACUUACCUUGUCCUGCAUCUUGACAGUCCACUCUCUAACAAGUAACAUAACAGUGACAGAAUUCUGUAGCUGCUGGUCAGUCCAGUCAACAACAGUCCAAGGAAACAAUUGUGCCGUGAUGCUUGACUUUGGGAACUGUUGGUUGACAAGUAACACUACGGUAUCGCCUGGAGAUGACGUCAUCUCGGACACAGACCUGGUGCAGUUUGGACUGACAAUUUCCAGCUCCGUAUCACAGAUACGGAACUGUUCAGUCGAUAAUGUUUGCAGUUUGGCUUUUGGAAUUGGAAGUUUUGACGUGGGGAAAACGUACACUGCUACAAUACGACCCCAGUGUGAUACGUGUAGUAUAUGCAGUGACAAGGUGACAGAGUUUUACAAAGCUGUACCUACUACUACGACAGCACCAACUACUACUAAGAAAUACAAGCCACUCCAACAUAAGUAUCUGUUCCCUACGUUGGUUAUUGGAUUCGUCGUCUGUGUUAUCGUCGCCUUUAUCUACGUCAUCAGGCGCUGGCGACAACGGAUUCAUCACGCCCGUAAAGAGCGUGCAGCUGCUGCAGCAAGUUUUGCAAACAUUCAAGCCGAGGCUGAAAACAACAACACAAGGGGAGACAACCGGGGUCCGCCUCCUCAGUACGGUAGCAACGAACAGUACAACGGCGGUGCGCACUUCCUCAGCAUAAGCGAGAAGCACGGUAUAGUGAAUGACGGUUUCGAUGACAAUAACUGGUAA